UAAACUCCCAUGUUCUUCCCUUUCAUUUCCUUUCCAUGACUUUCCUUCUGCUUCCCAACUGAUUCCCUCCACACUAGGGAAAAGAGAAAGCAAAAACUCCAUCUUCAUUUUUUCUUCUUUGAUCCCUUCCAAAGGGAUAUGGGGGUUUCAGGGAAGCCUCAAAUGGUGGACGGAGGAGGAGGAGGAGGCUUGGAAUCCGACGGCAAAAAAUGGGUCAUUGCCGGCAUCUCUUUACGAGCUCCGUUGAACCCUAUUUACACGAAUCCAGUGGACGACCACAAAGAUAAAGAAGAAGACGAAGAAUCGUGUUCGACCACUCCAACUGGACGGGAAGCGAGAAUACCGACGCUGUUGACAUGUCCGCCUGCUCCCAUGAAGAAGAAGCCUUCCUUGAAGUGUAAUUACGCAAGUGUUAGAGAGUUCUUUACUCCACCGGAUUUGGAGGCUGUCUUCAUACGCCAUGUUUAAAAAAGCUCUACCUCAUCUAUUGUAACAUGUUCACCAUUUUUUGUUCUAUUUUAGGGCACUUUAAUGGUAGCUAGGGAUCA